AUGCGAUUCAUCACCCCCUCCAUCCUUGCCAUUCUAUUGGCCCUUGCUGUCACUCUUUCCACCGCACAACUCGCCGAUUCGGUCUCUGAACCCUUCCAACGUCCUCUCGACUCCUUCUUCUCCUCACCCGACCUCCUCAACCAGCGUUCUCUUCUGGAGGCCCGUCAAUCAUCCUCCAACUCUACCUCCACCUCCCCUUCCCCAUCCUCCUCCUCCUCCGCCCCCGACUCCACCGCUUCCGGCUCCGCCCCACCUGGUGGAGAGGCAACCAUCACCGAAUCCACCUGCAGCAUGACAACCCGUCUCUCCGUCAACCAACAAGCAUCCUGGGGUAACGGCUUCGUCAACACCUGCUGCGGUUUCGCUACCGGAACACAAUGUUGGUAUAGAAACCAAAACAUGGUUGAAGGUAAGGACGAGUGCGAAAUUCCAGAUUGCGCAGAUUUGCAAAGUGAGGAUAAGACGAGGAUGAUUGGGUUCAUUCCGUUGAGUUCCACCAAUGGAAGCGGCAAGUACGCAAACAUCUUUUUGAGUUUAGGAAUGUUGAGUGCCGGAAUGAUGACUGUUCCUGGAAUGGGGAUGAUGCUGGCGGUGGCGGUGGCGGUGACUAUUUUGGGUUUUGCUUGA